AUCACCUGCUAAUGGAAACACAAACUGUAACUAAACAAAUAAACCCUCCCUCCGAAGUAAAACAGUUGAGGUGAAAAGUUUACUGGGACGCCACAAGACGCUCGGACUCAUCACGAUGGACAAGAAGUUCACGAAGCCCAAACCAAAUCCCUUGGAGAAGGCUGGUCCGCUCUCCAAGCUCUUCUUCUGGUGGCUGAAUCCACUCUUCAAGACAGGCUACAAGCGAACACUACAGGAAGAUGACAUGUACAAUAUCAUGUACGAGGACAGCUCGCAGAAACAAGCAGAUGAUCUUGAAAGAGAGUGGAAGAAGGAACUGGACAAUGCUAAAGAAUCUCCCAAUCGCCCGCCCAGCCUGAAACGGGCCCUAUUCAGGUUGUUUGGUGCCAGGUAUCUUCUGUUGGGAUUGUGCGCACUGUUCGUGGAAUCUGUAAAGAUAGUCCAGCCCAUUGUCCUAACCUGGCUGCUUGGCUACUUCGCCCCUGAGAGUACCGUGACCACGACACAAGCCUACAUGUACGCCCUGAUCAUCAGUGUCUGUGCAUUCACCGUGUCCCUAUGCCAGCAUCCCUACAUGUACCUCCAGCAGGCAAUAGGGUGGAAGAUGAGGGUAGCAUGCUGUGGGCUUGUAUAUAGAAAGGCACUGAAGCUAAACCAUGCCGCCUUAGGGAAGAGCAACACUGGACAGAUAGUGAACCUCAUGUCAAAUGACGUCUCCAAGUUUGACUUAGUAUUCCAGUUCUCCAACUACGUGUGGAUCGCACCUUUGGCGAUUAUAGUAGUGACAACACUGCUGUACAGAGACUUGGGACCUCCUAGUCUUGCUGGAUUUGGUUAUAUCAUUUUCCACCUCGCCAUAUCAGGACGCAUUGGGAGACUGUUUGCUACAUUCAGGGGGCAGAUAGCGAAGAAAACAGACGUUCGUAUCAGGACCAUGAGUGAGAUCAUCUCUGCCAUGAGGGUCAUCAAGAUGUACACUUGGGAGAAACCAUUUAGUGAAAUAGUGGCCAACCUUAGGAAGCUGGAGAUUGGUAUCAUUAUCAAAGCGUCAAUAACACGUGGACUGGUCCUGUCCCUGUCAUCAGUGUCGUCGAGAAUGCUCGUCUUCUGCACUUUCGUCACGUUUGCCCUGACCGGACACAACAUCACUGCUGGGCUGGUCUUCAGAGCUUUAGGCUUGUACAACAUCCUGCAGUUGGCCGUGUUCACGUUUCUGCCAAUUGCCAUUGUUAACCUCUCGGAGUCCUUAGUCUCCUUAGGCAGGAUACAGGAGUUUUUGCUGUUGGAGGAAGCAGAGUGUGAGGAGGUCUCAGGGAGAACUGGCAGAAUCACUGCAACGUCUCCUAAGGAAGCAGAAUGCAGCGUCAUGCUUACUGAUGUCAAUGCUACAUGGACAGGGGACAGUGAUCACCCGACACUGAAGGAUAUCAACCUGCAGCUGAAACCAGGUCAACUACUGGCAGUCAUCGGACCUGUGGGGUCAGGAAAGUCUUCAUUGUUAAGUGCAGUACUCAAAGAGCUGCCAGUGAUGUCAGGAGAGGUCAAAGUUCAUGGCAAGGUUGGCUAUGCGUCUCAGCAGCCCUGGGUAUUCUCUGGCACCGUGCGACAAAACAUCCUUUUUGGACGUCCUUAUAAGGAAGACGUCUACAAUGAAGUCAUCCAAGUAUGCGCACUAGAGAAGGACCUGGAGCUCCUGCCACAUGGCGACAUGACACUGGUUGGAGACAGAGGGGUGACACUAAGUGGAGGGCAGAAGGCUAGGAUCAACCUGGCAAGAGCGGUGUACCACGAUGCAGAAAUCUACCUGCUAGACGACCCACUAAGUGCUGUUGAUUCAGAAGUUGGGCGGCACCUGUUUAACAGAUGCAUCCAGGGGGUUUUGAGUAACAAGGCUUGUAUCCUUGUGACGCACCAACUACAAUAUCUGAAGGAGGCUGACCAGAUAAUGGUUCUUCUGGAGGGAGAGCAGGUGGCUACUGGAACAUACAGCGAACUGCAGAAUUCAGGGAUAGACUUCACAAAACUGAUGGGGGAAGAGGAAAGCGAAGAUGUAGAGAACGGAAGGAGUACAGUCUCUGCUGUUCUUCCUGGGACAUUAGCAAACGGUUUAGCUGCAAAUUCUGCAAAAGCAGAAGCAGAUGAAAAGGAUGCAACUAGCCCUCUGCUGAAGGAAGAAGACCGGAUGUCUGGCACUGUUGGGUGGAGAGUGUACAGAGACUACUUCUCAGCUGGUGCUGGUGUGAAGGGACUUCUAUUUUGCACGUUGUUGAGGAUAGGGUUUGCUGUUUUAUACGCCAUGUCCGACUGGUGGCUAGCAUACUGGGCACAGAGGGAAGAGCAGCAUCUUGCUGCAAAACACAACUGGGUAUUGACUAGUAAUGGCUACAAUACUACAAUGUUCAAUGCGUCCUUUGUUGGAGAUAUGGUGAAUGCAACAGCCACACCAACCAACAGCAGUAGGGUCUUCCCUGUGGCCCCUCUGGAUACACACUUCUACAUCUACAUCCUGACUGCCUUUACAGUAGGAACCCUGAUCGUGGGAGUGGUGGGGAAUCAGUUAUUUUUAUUGAUCACAGUGGUGUCCUCCAAAAACCUUCAUAACGCCAUGUUCAAUGCCAUCAUCAGGGCUCCGAUCAGGUUCUUCGACACAAACCCUGUUGGGCGAGUCUUAAAUCGGUUCUCCAAAGACAUUGGGCAGCUGGAUGAGAUGUUACCAUUGGUCUUCAGUCAAUUUGCAGAGGGAGGUAUAGGUUUGUUCAUGAUAAUGACUGUGUGUGUUAUUGUCAACCCCUGGGUGUUGAUCCCCACCCUGCCUAUACUGCUACUGUUCGUGUACAUCAGAAAGUAUUACCUGAGUACCUCCAGGGACAUCAAGCGGCUGGAGGGAACAACCCGUAGCCCAAUGUUCUCCCACCUGUCCGCCACCAUACAAGGCCUGUGGACCAUCCGAGCCUUCGGAGCUCAGGAGAGCUUCCAGCAGGAGUUUGAUGCUCACCAGGACCUGCACUCGGAGGCCUGGUUCCUGUACCUCACCUGUGGUAAAUGGAUGGCUAUCAGAGUGGAUGUUUUAGUCGCAUUCUUCGUCAGUGCUGUGGCUAUCUGUAGCGUCCCUGCCUCUAAUGCUCUAGAUGACGGGUUGGUGGGCCUAUCUGUAACGUAUGCCAUCAUCCUGACAGGACGGUUCCAGUUCAUUGUUCGCCAAAGUGCAGAGCUGGAAAAUCUGAUGACAUCAGCAGAAAGAGUAUUAACUUACACGAAACUUGAACCUGAAGCUCCAUUGACAACCAGUACAAAACCUCCAAGGGACUGGCCUCAGCAUGGGGGCAUCAAGUUGGAAGAUGCGUCUUUCUCCUACUCUGAAGAUGGGCCCGAUGUUCUUAAGAAUCUCUGUGUUGAGAUGCAGCCACAGGAAAAGAUUGGUAUAGUAGGUCGGACAGGUGCUGGGAAGAGCUCCCUGAUGCAGAUGUUGUUCAGGAUGGCAGAGCCACAGGGAACUGUCAGGAUAGACGGGGUGGACGUGACCAAGAUCGGACUCUACGACUUGAGGAAGAAAAUCUCUGUCAUCCCCCAGGACCCUGUCCUAUUCUCUGGUACUCUCAGGAGGAACUUAGAUCCCUUCAAUGACUUUACGGACCAGCAACUUUGGAGUGCCAUAGAGGAGGUCCAACUAAAGCAAGCUGUGAAUGACCUACAAGGAAAGCUGGAAUCUGAGAUGGCCGAAUCUGGGACUAACUUCAGUGUGGGCCAGAGGCAGCUGGUCUGCCUAGCCAGGGCCCUGCUCAGGAAAAACAGGAUCCUCAUCAUCGAUGAAGCAACUGCAAAUGUAGACCCAAGAACAGACCAGCUUAUUCAGGAGACCAUUCGAGAGAAGUUCAAGAACUGCACAGUGCUAACGAUAGCACACAGACUCAACACUGUCAUUGACUCGGAUAGGAUCUUGGUACUACAGGAGGGCAGGGUACAGGAGAUGGGAGAAGCACACGCUCUACUACAGGACAGAGACGGUGUGUUCACAGCUAUGGUGGACCAGUCUGGGAAGGCGUUAGCAGCAGAGCUUAGGGAAGCAGCAAGACAGUGUUACAUUGAGAAGCAUGGCACAGACCAACUGUCACUGUACAAAUAUAUCUCUAGUAUCGUAGGGCGGGAGACAAGGGUGUAGACUUAUAAUUGGACUGAAAUGUAAUUAUCUGAUAUACAAAAUGUACUAAUUGAUACUUUAUAAAGUGCAUUCACCUCACCUCAUUACUUAUCACUAUAAGAGAUGUGACAAUUGAACAAAGACCUAUCAGUCUUCCAAUGUGAUUAGAUGUUUAAUUCUUAUUUGAGUAACAUUUUUUCUUUGACUAUUACCAUUACACCGGAUAUUUUGUAUUCAAGUUUGUUUUAAAUUUUGUAUAAGGCUAUGGUUUAUAUAAUUUUCUAGCAUCUUUUCAUUUUGCUUCAAGUACACAGAAGUGUUCAUAGUACUGGUAAUUUGUUUCAUUGGCAACCAAAAAUGAUAUUCCAACAUGAAUAACUUCAUGCAUUGUAUUUAGAGACAUGUUCCUAAUCAUUAAAGGUAAUUUAGUAUUUAAAAACUAUUCAGAGUAAGAAAAAAUGCAACAAGACUGAAGCUAUAGUGGGGAUACCUUUAUUCCCAUGAUCACCAUAUACCCAAGGACCUUUUCUGUCUUCUACCUGUAAAAUUAUGGUACCUUUUGUGCCCCUCAGACUGAAAUACUGCACUGAAAUUUGUUAUUCCUGUACUGUAUACAUACAGGAGCAACUUGUCAAUGUACUAAAAAUCCUAGUACCUUUGCGGCAUCAGAUAUAAUUCACAUGGAGUAGUAUUAUUGGUAAGAAAUUUGUAUAUCAUGUAGUAGUAAAAGUGCAACAAAACCUUGGUAUAAACUGAAAAAUCAAAAGCUCAGAAGAAUGUACAACUGGAACGAAGCAAAAAAGCAACACAAUAUGUUUCUCUCUUUCACUCUACAGAAUUCUGACUGUGGCUAAUAUUGUCCUGACAUAUUGGAAUAAACAAUUUGAGUAAUAUGAUGCUUUCACCGCAUUUGCGUCAUAUUACUACGAACAUUUUGGAUGAAACGUUUACCUAACAGAAUGGUGCAUUCACUUAAACAGAAGCAAAGCAAUAUCAGACCAAUUCACACCAAGUUGCAAAAAAACGCAUCAAAAUAUAUCAAAGCUUAAACUUAACGUCCUGGUAAACUUGAAAUGCUCAGUAACACAAAAGUUAUAAUCUAAAGUGAAAAUAUCUAAAAAAAAAAACUAAAUAUGGGUACAAUAAGGUAUCAUGUGGAACACCGACAAAAAAAAGUGGUCACAAAGUCCUCACAAUAAUACAAAUAGAUGAUUUUGAAACUAUACAUAUAUUUACAAUUAAAAAUUGGCUUAAUUUCUUUGGUGAAAAAGACAAGUACAUAAGGAUAUAACCCAAUCAUAUUUUUUGAGCCAAUCAAAGAAAUCAAAGCCACCAAAGUAUAUACAAUAAGCAGUUAUACAAAUAAGACUUGAUUUAACUAAUCUUUAGAUGCUACAUAUCAAUAGGGCUAAAGUGCAGUACCAGAAAUCGAUGUUCUCUGAUACCUUAUGUCCUUAUACGACAAUUUGACACAUUUAGUUGCAUUCCUUUCCCCUUGAAAAUCCUAUGAUACACAAUUGUAGUUUAUCUAGGUUUAACAUGUGUGUAAAUAUACACAAAAGCAAAAGGUGAAAAUUACAGCCUAAUUAAGGUUAUUCCAACAAAUCUUUCAAAACAAUAAGUGCAACAACACAUCUGUAUUUGCAUAAUCAUCCACCAUUUUCAUCAUCAUCAUCUUGUUUGCCAUGUCAAUAAGAACCAUUUUCCCUCCAAAGUUUUUCUUUAAUAUUCUGGUGUUGAUGACAUUCAGAUGUGUGAGGUUUUUAUCCAAUACAUGUAUAUAUAAAUUUCUGUACACACCAAAGCCUACACUGCAACAAAAUUUGAAAGAAAACAAGUUUGUGAUCAUUUCAUGAUAUGACUACUGAAUAAGAAAAAAA